UGUCCCAUUGAUGGGUUUAUUCCAACCACUUUGGUACAUAAAAUUCAGCAAAAAAACAAAAACCAAUGAAAAAACUUUAAUAUAAAUACCCACAAAAUGAACAAGAGAGAUAGGUGUUGGAAGAGAGAGAGAAUGGGGGAGAGAGAGUGUGAAGAGGAGAAGACUCCAUUGAAACCACACUUUGUGCUCAUUCAUGGCAUAAGUGGAGGAAGCUGGUGUUGGUACAAGCUCAAAAGCAUGAUGUACAACUCUGGAUACAUGGUGACAUGCAUAGACCUCAAAGGGGCAGGCAUAGAUCCUUCUGAUCCUAACACUAUCCUUUCUUUUGAUGAAUACAACAAACCUCUCCUUGAUUUCUUGUCUUCCUUGCCUAAUAAUCAAAAGGUGAUAUUAGUAGGUCAUAGUGCCGGGGGAUUAAGCGUAACACAAGCAACUCACAAGUUUCCGGAUAAGAUUAGUCUCGCGGUAUAUGUUGCAGCGACGAUGCUCAAAAAUGGAUUCUUAACCGAACAAGACGUUAAAGAUGGAGUACCUGAUUUAUCCGAAUAUGGUGAUGCUUACGACUUGCAAUUUGCGUUAGGCGUUAAUCAGCCUCCUACGUCUGCAACCGUUAAAAAGGAGCUACAACGUAAAGUUAUAUAUCCUAUGGCUCCCCCAGAGGACUACAUUUUAGCUUCAAUGCUUUUACGACCAGGACCCAUUAAUGCAUUACAAAGUGCUCGAUUCCCCGAAGGUAAUGAAUGUAUCGAGAAAGUUCCAAGGGUAUACAUUAAGACGAUGUAUGAUAAAGUAGUUAAACCAGAACAACAAGACAACAUGAUCGCGAAAUGGCCACCUUCACAUGUUUAUGUUUUGGAGACUGAUCAUAGCCCCAACUUCUCUAGUCCUUUUGCAUUGUUUGGGAUAUUCGUUAAGGUUGCAACUUCAAUUGGUUGCAUAUAAAUGAUUUUUAUUUAGCUAGAUCUGAUUUUGUGAUAUUUAAUAAGAUAUAAACAUUUAUAUAUUAUCUUAUUUUGAUCAGUGAUAAAUGUAAUGGUUUAAACUA